AUGACUAAGCAGAGGAUAAUCGAUAAUCCGAGUGAGUGGAUUAUAACAAAAAGGGGAGAUUUUGUGCGAAUAAAUGACAGUGAAAUCUACGUUGAAAAGAAGUUAAAGACAAUCCGCGAGCAUUUAAAAAAACCUUACAAAGGGGCGGUUCGCUUUCGUGGAAAAACACCUGAACAAGUUAGCAAAGAAAGAUACGAUAAAGUUUUAGAAGAGGUUAAUUUUGAUUAUGAUAAACUUCAUGAUUGGAUUUAUGACGAGAAAAAUAAAGAUAAGAUUGAGAUAGUUAAAUUAGAAGGACAGGAUUUUUCAGAGGCGACAGAAUCCAUAUUUAACCACAUUAAAAAUUCGAGGCAAAAAUGGAGAAUUAAAAAGGAAACAUUAACUAACGAAGAAACCGGACAAAUUAUUUAUUUUAAUCCUCAAAUUAGUGGAAUAAUUGAUGAUUUAAGAACAAAUUGGGAUUACCAAUACAAUGGCGGCUCGGUUAUAAUCAGAGAAGCGAGAGAACAUAAAACAAAAGAAAAACAUACUUCAACAUUAAUUUUUCUCCAUGGAACCUAUGCUUCAGGCUCGUUAGACCAAAUGGCUGAAAAAUUUCCGGGACUGAAGGUUAUUCAUCCUUUCUCACCAGUUUUACAAUAUGACAUGUGGCAUGGCUCACAACCGGCUCCUGGCAGCCAAGAAAAAGGCUGA